AUGAAUGGGAAUGGGCACAUCACUUUGCAGAGUGAGAGCCAGACUGAGAAGGCCUUCCGUCAGGACGAGCCUGUUGGCGACUUUGGCUGGGGACCUUGGACAAUCCAAGAUGUCUUGAUUCCUACCAAUGCUGGUCGAGGAUUGGUCAAGAAGUACCACCAGCGACGAACUCUGUACCAGUAUGGAGCUUUGUCGCUCACUGGACUUUGGGCCUUCAAGAACCUCAGCAACACGGCCUAUCGUGCUGCAGCUCUCGGCUUUCUCUUCCCUGGAGCCGGUUUUACUGCUGUCGCUACCUUCACUUCGGCGGCCGCAUUCCUGCUCACUGUGGCCCUGAUUCCCGUCACCAUCUUCAUCUGGUUCGCCAUGGGCGGUAUCUUCUUCCCCAUCGCCUUGUGGGUUGGCUCCAGCAUCGCUGCCGGCUACAUGGCCACCGACACUCUUUUCGAACCUUCUGCUCUCCUCUGGGCCGCCUUCUGCUACACCGAUAUCUUCUGGCUCAUGAGCAACGCCCGUUCCCUCAACGCCGCUGGCUACUCCAAGGCUCAGGAGCGAAACAAGUACCUUGUCCAAGCUGUCCAGGAACAGAUGGAGAAUGCCACUCCCGCUCCCGCCCCCGGCUCACGAGAGCUGUCCCUCGAGACUCUUCGACACGUCCAGCACAUGCUUGAGCGCGGACUUAGCCCCCGUGACGACUUUAGCUUUCACGAUGUCAUUGAUCAGUUCCAGACUGGUGCCGUUCGAUAUCAGCUGUAUGGUGUCGUUGAUGUUCUGAGCCUGUACCAGUGCCACUAUGCCCCCGGUUUCCACGGUUAUCUCUCCAAGGCUUCGCAGAACUGCAUUGAGAAGAGCUUGCAGAAGCGCAUCAUGUCUUACUGGAAGUGGGAGUCCAUCUUCGGCAGGUUCACCCUUAGCGACUGGGACCCCAUCAAGAAGGACAACAUUAUGGUUACCGGCUACCUGAGCUCUGCUAUCGGUCUUACUACAAGACCAACUACGAGGGUCUGGCCGACGCUCUUUCAUGAGAACAUGGACAACAACCCUUACUGCCUGUACCCCUGCGAGCCCAACUGGACUUAUUCUCUGUGCAACCUCACUGGCAUGGCUGGUCUUGUCAUCUCUGACCGCAUCCUUGGCCGUGAUCUCGGUGCUAGACUCAGGAACCGAUUUGAGCGAUCUCUCGAGGAGGAGUUUACCGAGUGCGACGGCCGAAUCCUUCCCAUCCGCAGCGAAUUCACUGGUCUUACUCUCCCUGGUCUCUGCGGAACUCUCACCGACUGCAUCAACGCCAUGCUCCUGACUGCCUACCUUCCUCACCUCGCUCACCGCAACUGGGCCAUGAUCCGCAAGGAGUUCAUCAAGUACGACGAGAAGGAUCAGCUUGUUGUCCAUGACCUCAAGGGCGCUGACAAGAUGGACCCCGGCAACUACCGUGCUGGUGAGGGACCCCUCCGUGCUUUCAUCGCUGCUACCGCUGCCGAGUUUGGUGACGAAAAGAUCCGCAAGGAGGCUCUUGAUCAACUUGACAACGUCUACUUCCCUGUUGAAGCCACCAAGACUGGAUCCCUGCGAAACAAGGGUCUCUCUGCUACUAGCCAGGUCAUCGCCCUCAUGGCUCGUCUCGUCAAGCAGCGUGAUCUUGCCAACGCUACCCUUCACGGUCCUUCCGACGAGGCUCUGAGCGGUCCUCUUCUCGAGGAUGCUCCCUUCCCCGAGGUCCUCGUCGCCAAGGCUUACAGCGAGGACGGCAAGAAGCUCGACCUUGUUCUCUACAACGGCAAGGAGCCCGGUUCUUUCAAGCUUGGUUUCGAGCGACUGGUCCCCGGCAAGUAG